AUGGACAACGCAGCCCAGCCUCUGCUCGCCGCGGCGCACCAUGAUGAUGAGUCCGGCGAGUGCACCACCGUCAUUCCUGGCAACGGGGGCAUAGGUGCCGAGGAGAGUGUAGUCAUUGACUACAAUGUCGCAGAUGCAGAUGAGAUGUCCGUGUCGAUGCAGCACCGGCUGGAAGGAAGCGGCGCUUCCUCGGUCUGUGCCGGCGACGAGCAGGAGGAUGGUGAGGCCACCGAGAUGGCAGCCAGCAUGCAGCGCCGCCUGGACGUGCUCCCAGGGAAGCCGCACGAGAGCGAGCCCUUCACCAUCUUCCGGGUGUCUGGGCCCAUGCGCGACCGCAACCGCCACCUCUACGAGCCGCAGAUGAUCUCCAUCGGGCCAUUCCACCGCGGCGCCGCCCGCCUCAGCGCCAUGGAGGAGCACAAAUGGCGCUACCUCCGCGACCUCCUCCAUCGAGGCGACGCGCCGCUCGCCUCCUACGCGCGCGCGGCGCAGGCCCUCGAGCCAAGCGCGCGCCGCCGGUACGCCGAGCCCGUGUCGCUCCCGCCGCGUGAAUUCGCCGAGAUGCUCCUCCUCGACGGCUGCUUCAUCCUCGAGUUCUUCCUCAAGGGCGAGGACGGCGCCGCCGACGCGCUCAUCGACGCCGCCUGGGCCAUGCAGAACGUCUACAGCGACCUCUUCCUCCUCGAGAACCAGCUCCCCUUCUUCGUCCUAGAGAGCCUCUACGCCGUCGCCACCCACGGCCGCGACCACAUCGCGCUCACCACCCUCCUCGCCAAGUACCUCACCAUCGAGACCCCGCAGGACGCCGCCACGGCGCGGCCUCCCGACGGCGAGACCCUCCACCUGCUGCACCUCCACUACCACUGGUUCCUCCCAUCCGAGGAGCCCGCCGGCAGCGGCACCGGAGGUAACCGCAAGGUCGUCGGCGAGGACGAGGCGUUCGACGAGUGGCUGGCGAAGCCGAUGGACGAGCGCCUGCCGUGGCUGCUCCCGUCGGCGUCGGAGCUGGAGGACGCCGGGGUCACGUUCCGGGCCAAGAAGUCGCCCCGGAGCCUCGUCGACGUCACCUUCCGCGCCCGCGACGGCGUGCUCGAGAUCCCCGCCGUCGAGAGCUACACGAACCGCCCCGUGUUCGCCAACCUGCUGGCCUACGAGCAGAGCCGGGGCCGGUGGGAGCUGCAGCGGCUCAUGAGCUACGUGGUGCUCAUGGCCUCCGUGGCCGCGCACGGGCGCCGCGACGUCGAGAUCCUGCAGCGCGCCGGCGUGUUCGUGAAGGGGGACGAGGAGACGGCCGCCUUCUACGCGCACCUCGGCGAGCUCUGCGGCGGGGCCGGCGCCGGCACGCCGGGAGUCACCAAUAACUGCUACGCCGACAUGUUCCGCGACGUCCGGGAGUACUGCGGACGGAGCUGGAACCGGCACCGAGCAGUGCUGGCGCACGACUACUUCAGCAACCCGUGGACGAGCAUGUCCGCCGCCGCCGCCGUGCUCCUGCUCGUCCUCACCGUCGUGCAGACCGUCUACACCGUGCUGCCUUACUACCACCAUUAA